AUGGCGGGUACCAGACUGAACGGUGGAAUCGCCCUUGUGACUGGUGCCUCAUCAGGCACUGGGAAAGAUGUCUGCUUCGCUCUCGCCGUAGCCGGCGUCGAAGCAAUCCUCCUGGCGGACCUGAACCUUCCUACAGAUCUCACUCGCCAGGAGUGUCAAAAGUUCGCCUCCCACUCCAACUUCCGUGCUUUGUCGCUAAUGGUAGACGUCACCGAUGAGGCCAGCGUCGACAAUAUGGUCCAGCGCGCCGUGAGCGAGCUCGGGCGUAUUGACUACUGCGUGCACUCCGCGGGACUAUGCUGCGGGCCGUCUCCCAUGCCAUGUCGCUGCAAGAGCCACACUCGUACACCAGCACGCGGAGCAACAUGA